AUGUCUCCCUAUUUUUCUCUUCUCUCAUUCUCUCUCUCUCUCUCUCUCUCUCUCUCUCUCUCUCUUUUAACACUCAAUUUAACAUUUUAUUCUAUAAUUUCGACGCUCUCUCUUUCUCUCACUUUCUCUCUCUCUCUCUCUCUCACUCACUCUUUCUCUCUUUUGGGCUCUUUCAUCAUUCAUCACCUCUCUCUUUCUCUCUCUCUCUCUCUCUCUCUCUCUCUCUCUUUCUCUUUCUCUCUCUCACUCUUUCUCUCUUUUGAGCUCUUUCAUCAUCCAUCACCUCUCUCUUUCUCUCUCUCCUCUCUCUCUCUCUCUCUCUCUCUCUCUCUCUCUCUCUCUGACUUUUUUCACAUUCUCUGUUUAUAUUUGUUUAUGAAUAUCUAUUACAGAGGAGCAGAACACACCGAGCGGACAUUCUUUCCCGGCCAUUUUUUUGUACUCCCCCUCUAUUUUCUUAUGCUCUCGCUCCCUCUUGCUAAAUUUCACCGUCACUCACUCCACAUCUUCCUCACCUCUCUCUCUUUCAUUUAUUCUUCUUCUCUCCUUCUUUCACUCUUUCUCUCUCUCUCUCACUCAUUCACUCUCUCUCUCUCUCUCUCUCUCUCUCUCUCUCUCUCUCUCUUCAUCCACAAGAAUGUAGGCUCUUCUGCGUGA